AUGACUUUCCUUCCUACGCUCAUCUCCAGUUCAUCGCAGGCUGCGAACUCAUUCGUGCUGCUAGAGUCGUCUACCUCGCAGUCAUGUCUACCGGUCCUGCGCGGUUUAAUAUCUCACCCAUAUCCUAAGAACCAUGUGUUGCUUUUCUGCUUGCUGUAUCCUCCGACAUCCCUAGUAGAUGACUUGAAUCAUCUUCAGCGUGAAGAAGUUAGCAUCCACGACCGCACUGCACACGUACCUGGCUAUUGCGAAGAAGAAAAUGAUCUCGAAUCUGCAAUAACCAAAGCGAUUGAUGCAGCGCCUCUAGGAGCUGUGACUGUCGUGAUUGACUCCGCCGAUGUUUUGUGCUCUGACGAACAAUCGGCUCCGAAGGCGUAUGCGAUCCUCAAGUCCGUUGCCAAUGCCCUCCGAGCUCGAUCUUCUCCCUCCAGGCUAGUCGUGCACCUCAACUCGCCCUCACCUUUGCUUCCACUAUUGGUCACGACCAAGAUGUCUCCUACGCUCACGCACAUCAUUGCACAUCCACCCGCACUACUCGCUCAUCUGGCUACAGCAAACUUGAUCCCGCCGCCGCCAAGUACGCCCCCAGAACGAUUUUGGCCGGCUUUCUCCCCACUGGCUUCACGGGCAUGGGAGGUUGAAAAGCUCAUAUUCGGCUCUGAAGGGCCGGGUCUGGAGGAAGGAUGGUCUGAGAUUGUUCUGGAGGUCCUUAUUCGCGGGGCUUCGGCAAAUAGCGAAAAGCGCAGGGGAGUUGAGCGAGUGUUGGAGGGUUGGUCCUCCACAAAGGGAUCUUGCGAUCUCACCGAUCUUGAGAGUCUGCGAUCUAUCUGGACUCGACAUCCUGCAACUGAAGAAACAGCCACACCCGAUCCAACGCAGAACUUGUCUUUCAACCUCAGUCUCACAGCUAACCAACAACAGGCUCGUGCUAGCGUACCCCUUCCAUACGCACAUUCUGGUGAAACACCUACCGUAACACCGACCUCAAAUGGCGCGAUAUACUAUGAUCCAGACUCUGCAGAUGAUAUUGAUGACGAUGAUCCCGAUGAGGAUCUAGAUAUUUGA